AGACUUCUUUGUAGUGUUUUCUCUGGAAUUUCUUAACAUUCUUUCCCUUUUAUGUUCCUUGUCUUGUUGCACCUAUUCAUUUUAUUUUAGAACUUCCAUUAGAGUUUCAAAUAGUUUAUUAUUAGAUGAAAGCACUGCACUUUUGUUUCUUCCACUUUUUGCAUGUGGUAAUCAAUAAAGCCAAAGGAUUGAGAAGAAGGAAAUUGGAGUGGAAAAAUCCAUGGCAGAAAUAGCUGGAGAUACAUGCUCAAGGCCAGUAGUAGAGAAAAAGGUGAGGCCACAAAAUGAACAAGCCCUAAAUUGUCCAAGGUGUCAUUCGACGAACACGAAGUUUUGUUACUACAACAAUUACAGUCUUACUCAACCAAGAUACUUCUGCAAGACUUGCAGAAGGUAUUGGACUGAAGGUGGCACCCUUAGAAAUGUUCCUGUGGGAGGCAGUUCGAGAAAGAACAAGAAAUCUACUUUAAGUUCAUCAUCAUUUGAUUCAUCCCAUAAUAAACUUCCUGAUCUGAACCCUCCAAUUAUCUCUCAAUUUUCUGAUCAAAACCCUAAUGGGCAAGAUCUCAACUUAGCUUUUUCUGCAGCUCCACAACAGUUCUAUCGUGGUACUGUUCCUCAUUUUCUUGAAUUCCCUAAGAUUGAGAACAGCAAUAACAUCAACUCUUCUUCUUCGAAUCCUGUUUCGGCCCUAGACUUGCUGAGGACUGAAAUUUCUUCAAAGGGAUUGAAUUCCAUUUUUCCUACACCAAAUGUGGAAACUAAUGCACUUUUUGCAUCAGGUUUUCCAGUUCAAGAAUGCAAACCAGCAGCCAUUGGUUUUUCCUUUGAUGGAAGGCUUACAUUUCAACGACAUUCGGGCACAGAUGAAGUCAAUAAUCAGAUCAACAAGGGACAAGAUAACUCAAAUGGAUACUGGAAUGGAAUGUUAGGUGGAGGAUCUUGGUAAAAAGAAGAACAAGCAAAGUCACUUUUUUCAUCUUUCUUUUUGUUUUGUCGAUUUUCUUUGUUCCUUUUCAUGGUUGGUUAAUUAGUUGUAUGGAGUUGUUUAGAACUAACAUAUUACAAGAUUUGUAUGAUUUUCUUGAUUUGCUUUUGAUUAAUUUCUUCCUCAUUUCACUCUUAA